CUCCUCCUCCCGACAUCCCUAGAAAAAAACACCAAACCCUCCUCUCCCUCUCUCCUCAAUUCAAACCGCCACCUUCUCUCUCUCUCUCCUCCAAACUUCAGAUCUCAAAGUUCCCAUUUUUUCUCUCUUCAUCGCAUGCGUGGCAUGCGAUGAAGACCACGACGACGACGACCGCCGCCGCCGCCGCCCUCUUCGUCCUCUUCGCCUCCCUCGCCGUCCUCUCCGCCGCCUCCGCCGCCCAUGGGGCCGCCGAGCACCGCCUCCUCCUCCACUAUCUCGACGAGUUCGGCGACCGCGGCUUGCAGGUCACCGUCGACCCCUCCGCAUCCUUCGAGAACCCGCGCCUCCGCAACGCCUACGUCGCCCUCCAGGCCCUGAAGCAGGCCAUCCUCUCCGACCCCAACAACUUCACCGCCAACUGGGUCGGCCCCGACGUCUGCAGCUACUCCAACGUCUACUGCUCCCCCGCCCCCGACGACCCCAGCGUCCGCACCGUCGCCGGCGUCGACCUCAACCACGGCGACAUCGCCGGGUACCUCCCCGAGGAGCUCGGCCUGCUCGCCGACCUCGCGCUCUUCCACCUCAACUCCAACCGCUUCUGCGGCAGCGUGCCGCAGAAGUUCCGGAACCUGAAGCGGCUCUACGAGCUGGAUCUGAGCAACAACCGCUUCGCCGGGAAGUUCCCGCGGGUCGUGCUGGAGCUCCCGGCGCUCAAGUUCUUGGACCUCCGGUUCAACGAGUUCGACGGGUCGGUCCCGCGGGAGCUCUUCGACAAGGAUCUGGACGCCAUUUUCAUCAACGACAACCGGUUCCGGUUCGACCUGCCCGAUAAUCUCGGCCACUCGCCGGUGUCGGUCAUCGUCCUGGCGAACAAUGACUUCGGCGGGUGCCUCCCUCAGAGCAUCGUCGAGAUGAAGAACCUGAACGAGGUCAUACUCAUGAACAACGGGUUCAAAUCUUGCUUGCCGUCGCAGCUGGGGGAGCUCAAGAACGUGACGGUCUUCGACGUCAGCGUCAACCAGUUGGCGGGUCCGUUGCCGGAGAGCGUGGGCAAGAUGGUGAGCUUGGAGCAGUUGAAUGUGGCUCACAAUCGGCUGUCCGGGAAGAUCCCGGCGAGCGUUUGUGGCUUGCCCAAGUUGCAGAACUUCACGUUCUCCGACAACUUCUUCACCGGCGAGCCGCCGUCUUGCCUGCGACUGCCGGCGGUGGACGACCGGAAGAACUGCUUGGCGGGCAGGCCCGCACAGAGGUCGCCGAUUCAGUGUAGGGCGUCUGCGUCCAGGCCUGUGGAUUGCAGUGCUUUCGGAUGCUCUCGUUCCUCUGCCCCUUCUCUUUCGCCGCCGUCCCCGCCAGUCGUCUCUCCACCGGGGCCGGCAGCGCCACCGGUCGGCUCCCCUAGUGGUGCUCCAUCGCCAAUGCCAGUAGCUCCGACUUCGCCGCCGGUUGGAGAGCCACCGCAGUCGACGCCUGGUCCUGGUAGCUCUCCAUCGCCAAUGCCGGGGGCUCCGACUUCCCCGCCGGUCGGGGAGACGCCGCAGUCGGCGCCUGGUCCUUCCACUUCGCCAUCUGCUAGCUCUCCAUCGCCGAUGCCAGAGGUUCCGACUUCCCCGCCGGCUGGGAAGCCACCGCAGUCGGCGCCUGGUCCUUCCACUUCGCCAUCUGCUAGCUCUCCAUCGCCAAUGCCGGGGGCUCCGACUUCCCCGCCGGUCGGAGAGACACCGCCGUCGGCGCCUGGUCCUUCCCUUUCGCCAUCUGCUAGCUCUCCAUCGCCGCCGCAGCCGGUGGACCCUCCUGGUAGCUCUGUAACGCCAUCGCCGGCGACACCUACCUCGUCCCCUCUGCCAUCGCCGCCCGUUUACUCACCUCCCUCGCCCGUUUACUCAACGCCUCCACCGCCUUCUUACUCAUCACCUCCACCAUCUCCCCCACCACCGGCUCAAUCUUCAUCUUCCUCCCCUCCUCCUCCGCCGCCAUACUCUCCACCCACCUAUUCCUCCCAUAGCUCCCCACCACCACCACCUCCACCUUCAUCUUCACAUUCUCCUCCACCGCCUCACGUAGAACAUUCGCCACCAUUGUCGCCGCCGUCGCCAUCCACCCAUUAUUUGCCACCGCCUCCCGCCCACCAUCAUGGGUCGCCGCCGCCGCCGCCGCCGCCGCCGCAGCAAGGUCACGAUCACUCGCCCCCUCCUCCAGAAAUUCCAUGUGAACAGUCGCCGCCUCCGCCAUCCCCACCGCCCCCGGCCCCUGCAUACAAGGGGCCAAUGCCACCGAUUACUUCAGUCCCAUACGCUUCUCCUCCACCGCCGCCUUUCUAUUAAUUCUUUUUCGAGAAUUUGUUUUUUCCCCCCCUCUCUAACCUCCUCUCCCAAAUUUGCACCCAAUGAGAUUCCAGUAAUAUGGCAUUUUCGGAUCAUGUGCAGCGUUAGAUUGUUCGCCGUAAUUUCUCUGAAAAUCAGUCGACGACAAAACUGUUGUCAAAGCAAGAGGGAAAGAGGAGAGAAAGUCUCUACAAUCUAUUUAUUUUUAAUUUUUUUUGGGAAUAUUAUUUCUGAGUUUGUGAAAUAAAUUUCAAGAAGAGUAGAGCGAUGUAAGGUUGUAGGAUUGUAUUAUGUAUAUCGGUCAUCGUUAAUGGGAUCAAUCUCCAAUCAGGGUCACUCCCUGCUGUUUGAAUUGGUAUGAUCUUUUAGUUCUGCAUCA